AGAGCUGGCACGCUAUUGUCCUGGCCAGGAAGGCGGGGCCGGCGUGGGGCGGGGCUGGCGGCGCCGGCGCAGCCCGGGGGCGGAGGGAGGAGGAGGCGGUGGUGGUGGCGCUGGGAGCUCCUGUCACCGCUGGGGCCGGGCCGGGCAGGGCGGGAGUGCAAGGGACGUGAGGGCGCGACGGCCCAGACAUGGGGCACGCCAGUCCCGCCACGCGCGGUCUGGGCCGCCGCCGGGGCCCGCCGCCACUGCCGCUGUUGCUGCCACUAUUGCUGCUGCUUCUGCGCGCGCAGCUCGCCGUCGGGAGCCUGGCCGGUGGGAGCCCCGGCACGGCCGAGGCCCCGGGAUCCGCUCAAGUGGCUGGACUAUGUGGGCGCCUAACUCUUCAUCGGGACCUGCGCACCGGCCGCUGGGAACCAGACCCACAGCGCUCGCGACGCUGUCUUCGGGACCCGCAAAGCGCGCUGGAGUACUGCAGACAGAUGUAUCCGGAGCUGCAGAUUGCACGUGUGGAACAGGCGACACAGGCCAUCCCAAUGGAGCACUGGUGCGGGGGUGCCCGGGGUGGCCGCUGUGCCCACCCUCAUCACCAGGUUGUGCCUUUCCGCUGCCUGCCGGGUGAAUUCGUGAGCGAGGCCCUGCUGGUGCCCGAAGGCUGCCGGUUCUUGCACCAGGAGCGCAUGGACCAGUGUGAGAGUUCAACCCGAAGGCAUCAGGAAGCACAGGAGGCCUGCAACUCCCAGGGCCUCAUCCUGCAUGGCUCGGGCAUGCUUUUGCCCUGUGGCACGGAUCGGUUCCGAGGUGUGGAGUAUGUGUGCUGUCCCCCUCCUGUGACCCCCGACCCGUCUGGGACAGCAGUUGGUGACCCCUCCACCCGGUCCUGGCCCCUGGUGGGCAGAGUAGAGGGGGGUGAAGAUGAGGAAGAGGAAGAAUCCUUCCUACAGCCAAUAGACGAUUACUUCGUGGAGCCCCCACAAGCUGAAGAGGAAGAAGAGAAGGAAAGAGUCCCACCUUCAAGCUCCCACCCUCCUGCAGGGAUCAGCAAAGUGACUCCUACCCCAAGGCCCACAGAUGGUGUGGAUGUGUACUUCGGCAUGCCUGGAGAAAUCAGUGAACACGAGGGUUUCCUGCGGGCCAAGAUGGACCUGGAGGAGCGAAGGAUGCGCCAGAUUAAUGAGGUGAUGCGUGAAUGGGCCAUGGCUGACAACCAGUCCAAGAAUCUGCCUAAAGCCGACAGACAGGCCCUGAAUGAGCACUUCCAGUCCAUUCUGCAGACCUUGGAGGAACAAGUGUCUGGUGAGCGACAGCGCCUGGUGGAGACUCAUGCCACCCGAGUCAUCGCCCUUAUCAACGACCAGCGCCGGGCUGCCUUGGAAGGUUUCCUGGCAGCACUGCAGGGGGAUCCACCUCAGCCAGAGCGUGUCCUGCUGGCCCUGCGGCGCUACCUGCGUGCAGAGCAGAAGGAGCAAAGGCACACGCUGCGGCACUACCAGCACGUGGCUGCCGUGGAUCCUGAGAAGGCCCAGCAGAUGCGCUUCCAGGUGCAGACCCACCUCCAAGUAAUCGAGGAAAGGAUGAAUCAGAGUUUGGGGCUGCUUGACCAGAAUCCCCGCCUGGCUCAGGAGUUGUGGCCCCAGAUUCAAGAACUCCUCCACUCUGAACACCUGAGUCCCAGUGAGUUGGAAGCCCCUCCCCUUGGGGGCAGCAGUGAGGACAAGGGUGGGUUGCAGGCUCUGGAUGCCAAGGAUGACACCCCCAUGGCCCUUCCAAAAGGGUCCACAGAACAAGAUGCUGCACCCCGUGGGAAGGAGAAGCUGUCCCCCCUGGAACAGUAUGAAUGGAAGGUGAAUGUGUCUGCUCCGAGGGGUUUUCCUGUCCACUCAUCGGAGAUACAGAGAGAUGAGCUGGCACCAGCUGGGACAGGUGUGUCCCGAGAGGCCGUGUCUGGUCUGCUAAUCAUGGGAGCGGGUGGGGGCUCCCUAAUCGUCCUCUCCAUGCUGCUGUUGCGCAGGAAGAAGCCCUAUGGGGCUAUCAGCCAUGGAGUGGUGGAGGUGGACCCCAUGCUGACCCUGGAGGAGCAGCAGCUUCGUGAACUGCAGCGCCAUGGCUAUGAGAACCCCACUUACCGCUUCCUGGAGGAACGACCCUGAACCAGCCCCCUUCACCCCUCUGCUUGAACCCACACCUUCCCUCUUCCUGGAGCCCCAGAACCCCAACUCCCAUCCUGGGGAAAGGGUCUUGACAAAGUUCAUUUCACACCCUUGUGAGGGGGCUGGAAAUUCUUAUUCCCUUUCCAAUUCCCAAUCCCAUUCCUAAGAAAUCCCCAGGUAUUCCCAGCUGCCUCCCUGCUUGGGACCUCCUCACCUUAAUUUAUUUUGUAAGUUAAUUUAUUGUUCCUUACGGUGACCACCAGCUUGAUCUCAGUGUCUCUUGUUCCCUGAAAUGUAUCCUCCCACGUGUCCCCCUCUAACAUCCCAAUAAAGUCCUUUUCCCCACAUGGCC